UCGUAGGACGCCGACCCUUGACCAUCUGGGGAUUUGCUGGACAGGGUCUUUCGCACUUAGCGUUUGUAUUAUGCUUAGUCUAUGGCUUCACCUGGCCAUCUGUGCUGUGUGUAUUGGCUGGCGUAGCGUGUUUCUCAAUAGGCCCUGGACCAGUGCCAUGGAUGUUAGCAGGUGAAUUGAUACCCACGCGGCUAGUAUCGAGUGCGGUGAUGCUGGUGGCCAUUGUGAACUGGAUCUUCACCUUUGUGAUAGGUCAGGCGUAUCCUCUGAUGAACGAUGCCCUGGGACCCUAUUCGUUUGCUCCCUUUGCAGUGUCCUGCUUCCUGGUAGCUCUGUAUGCGCACACAACAAUGCCUGAGACCAAGGGAAAGACCAGUGAAGAGAUUGACGCCCUAUUUGGCAACCAGGCGGGCGGAGUGCGAUACAUACCCCUGGCGCAGAGGUAUUCACAGUAAUAGAGCUCGUCGCAAAAAUGGUUUUAGACGUCUGGUGUCGUAAAAGCAUAGACGUUGCCAUAAAGGGUGAUCAGUGGGACAGCGGGCGAGAUAUAUUCCAGGCGAAAUGGUAUUCACACUGAGAUAGCUCACUGCAAAGUAUGGAUUACGAUAUCUGGUGGCGUAAAUGCAUAGGGGACGUUGCCAUAAACGGUGUUCGUGCGGGUGGCGGGCCAUAUUCUCCCUGGCAUAACAGCAAUUAGAGUGCGAGUUCGCGUGCGAGGGCGUCUUGUGGUGGGUGUUUGCGACGUGGUGCUUGUUUGCGACGACAUUGCGUCUUGUAGUCGCGCGAAGGGCGCCUUAUUGAGCAACCCGACAGGACACACGAGAUGCAUUCUACUGUGUCACUUAUGUCCACAGUGACAGUGAGAGAAGAUGAGCGUAGGGUGGGUAUGGUAUAAUGCCUUACCAACCAAGUAUGCGUAGUGAAUACAGCACGUUGCGUGGCUUAUACGACAUUUGAGAUGUGGUACAUAUAUGUACAGGUUUAGAAAUGCAUCUAAAAGUUAAUAACCAACACUAGGCUAGACAUGCGUUGCAUUUCUCUGACCUACUGGGUAUUUCUUCGGAGAACACGAUUUGCGACGCUUGUUUACGACAUUCCUGUCGUAUAUCCAAAUAGGUCGCCGUUACUCUGCAAUUAGAUGGAGAGUAUACUAUGUUAUCUGUAUGAAAUGAGACGUUCACAAAGGAACAGGCUCCAUGCGACCUUGUUGGCGAUGUUUGUGAGCGGAACACACGAAGAAUAGCACCUUGAGCGAUCAGGCAAGGACUGUACAGUGUAUAUCACCUUGAAGGUCGGACAUCGACAAUGAGGUAGUAAUUGCGGAUGAGUGCAUACGACAACAUUGUCGUACACACGAGUGUAAAGCCGUGUCCAAGCGCACAUAGUUGGCGUGGUCUAUGUGCUUUGUUCCUCAGUGUAUAAGGACAGGUAUUCGGUCAACCUUGUUACACUUCUUCACCACAUCCUGCUGUCUAUGUACACCACAGUGCAUAACUGGGUGGCGCAGACCUGAAGCCCAUGGACUAUGCGAGUGACUUACCCUGCCCUGUCUUGGAUUCACAAUGAAUGAGAGAGCAUCUGAUAUCAGACAUAGACGUGACUUAUGACUACUUGUUGAUAUCAAAGUUUUAGGGUUUUAGUAUGACAACUUCUUGGUAUUAAAGUAUGGCGAGGGUCACCCUAGUGUGCAUUUCGGAGAUUCUGCCUAGUUUCUGUUCUCAGCC